CACCGGAAGGAUGUAACUUUGGUCCUCCUCCUUUGAGUAAGGUCGUUUAGAGUCAAAAGCACAACCCCGGACAGCAAACAGAGGCACACGCAAAUCCUUCGCUCGAAGCAACUUGACCUCUUCUAAGUCUCCGACGGACGCCUCCAUCGAUUGGCCACACACGCUUCCUGCGAUUUCCUCUUCUAAAUUCCAAUGGAAGCUCUCUUCGCGUGCGUUCGUUAGUUAUUUUCAUGCAAUCUUGAGAUGGUCUCUCCACCCCGAAUCCAUCCUGGCGGAGGAGCAGCAACGCAGAACGCCCAAUACAUCCAACAGUUCCUGAGCAACGUUCUUUCCCAACGCGGGCCUUCGGCGCUGCCCUACGCGGAGGAUGUGAAAUGGUUGAUCCGUCAACAUCUUCUCGCCCUUAUCGAGAAUUACCCUGGCCUGCAACCCAAGACCGCCACCUUUACCCACAACGAUGGCAGGACCGUCAACCUUCUACAGGCCGAGGGUACCAUUCCCAUGGUCUACGGAGGAGUCGUGUAUAACAUCCCCGUCGUCAUCUGGCUUAUGGAGUCCUACCCUCGUCACCCUUGCUGCGUUUAUGUGACCCCAACUCGCGACAUGAUCAUCAAACGCCCCCACCCUCACGUAAACCCGUCUGGUUUGGUCUCUCAUCCUUAUCUUCAGAACUGGAUCUACCCUAGCUCCAAUCUUGUCGAUUUGGUUCGUAAUCUCAGUCAUCUCUUCGGCCGCGAUCCUCCUCUCUAUUCCCGCCCUCAACGGCCCAACCCUAACCCUAGCCCCACUCCCCCUCCUCCUCGUUCUCAUUCUCCUAGCCUCAAUGAGAAUUCGAAUUCUUCUUCAUCGUCGUCCGUUGCUCGCCCUGGUAUCCCACCAAGGGUUUACUCUUCUUCGUCGUCUCCCUAUGGCGGUCAGUUCCCACCGUCGCCCCAGCGGCAUCGGCCGCCUCAACAGCCGACGACGGAAGAUCCUGCCGAGGUGUAUCGGAGGAAUUCGAUCAACAAGCUUAUGGAGAAGUUACAUGAUGAUUCCGAGGCGUUGAGGAAGUCCAGAGAGGCCGAGAUGGAAGGCCUUUUCAAUUUGCAGCAGGUUUUGCGGCAAAGAGACGAGCACCUCUCCAAGGAGUUGAGGAAGUUUCAGGGGGAGACAGAGGGUCUGGAGCAGGAAUUGCAGAUGAUUCUUAUGGAUACGGAUCUUCUGGAAUCGUGGUUGAGGGAGAACGAGGGAAGGGUGAGUAAGGCGAAAACUGUGGAGGUUGAAGAGAUUUUGGAGCCUUGUGAUGCCCUUUCCAAGCAGAUGCUUGAGUGUACUGCGUCCGAUUUGGCUAUAGAGGAUGUGGUUUAUUCGCUGGACAAAGCGGUUCAGGAAGGAUCGAUACCUUUCGAUCAGUAUUUGAGGAACAUUAGGUCACUCUCGCGGGAGCAGUUCUUCCACCGUGCCAUGGCUUCAAAGGUCAGGUCUGCGCAGAUGCAGGCUCAGGUUUCUGGUUUGGCAGCUCGAGCUGGGCAGCCUCAGGUUGGUCGGGCAUCACAAUAUAUGUGAGAGUUUGUGGUAUAAAUGUCUUGAUGAAUUGCUUCAAGAGCUGCCUCAGAGUGGGCCUUUAAACAACUGGAUGGAUUCCCUCCAACGCACUACCUGAUGGUUUGAGGAGUGAGAAUAUUCCAACGUUUAGUCAGGCAUUUGUAAGUCCAUUUGAUACAGCUACUAUGCGAAUUUGUUAAUGACCCUCGAAGGCCUCCUCCUUGAAUACUUAGUUAUACGUUUUCCUUCUUGAGGUCAACAUUUAGAUUUCUCUUCAUUAGUUUGCAUUUGGAAGAAAAGAGAGUUUUUGUCUGAAAUCUUAUAGUUGCGAAAUAAUUGAAAUGUACAACACAUUCUUUAUGUGCAGUUGUUUCUUCA